AUGUCAUCUCUAGACGAGUCCGAUGUAGGGUCGGAAUAUUCCGACGAUGACAUAGCACCCGAGGCAUUCAUGGACAUAGACCCAGAAUUGAGUACAAUGCCUGCCACAAACGACGUGGAUGAUAUGGAUUCGUUAUCUGAUGAUAUCAUCACGUUUACAGACGAUGAAGACGACGAAGAUUAUGUGCUGGAAAACGAAUAUGGUAAUGGUGAUGAUUUACGUGAUAACUUGCGAUUGGCCUCGGGAUUCAAAUUAAAGAAACAGCCAAAGUCCCAACAUUACGGUAAGCGUAGGGCCAUGAGGGAUGCUAUGAAGGCCAUGGAUCCUGAGGCGUUAGACUACUUAUCUAAAGCCAAUACUGCGUAUGUGAAUCAUAAGUUGGAUGAGGCAGCUUUCUAUUGUCAGCAAGCAGUAAAGAUCGAGCCCAAACACCCUAAGCCAUACAACCUCUUGGGACUUAUUUCUGAAGAGAAGGGUGACUUGAAAAAAGCAUGCAGUUACUCGUUUAUGGCAGCUGAGCUAACACACUGGAGUUCAGAGUCAUGGUUCAAUGCUGCCAAACUAAGCAAAGAAUUGGGUUAUAUUGACCAGGCCAUUUACUGUUACACACAGAUAAUCAAUUUGAAGGGUGACUCUAGAGAGUUAGCUGCUGCAAGAGAUGAAUGCAUUCAGGAGCGUUCUAUGCUCUACAAGGAAAAGGGCCAGUAUGGACGUGCAUUGGAAGGUCUCCAAAAGCUACACCUGAAGAAUCCCAAGAAUGAAACAUAUGUCAAGAAUUUAGCAUCUGUUUACGUGGAACAGAAGCGGAUAAACGAUGCAGUCAACUUGUACAUGCGGAUAUUGGACAGUAACAUGAAACAGAGUGGUCCUCCACCAUUUGAUCCAGUUUUUGGAUGGUCUGAGUUGAACAUUCUUUGCGAGCUCUUUCUAACACAACAUUCUUGGCGCAUGGGAGUUAAAAUUAUCAAGACAGUGGCUAGAUGGAUCAAUAAUCGUACCGACGAAGUUUGGUGGGAUGAUCAAGAUGAUGAUUGUGAGUUUGACUCAAGGAGAGCACAAAUGAUUCACAAGAAACGACCUUCUGACUACAAUCAGUUUUUGGGUAGAGAUUUUGAGUUGCCAAUUGACUUGCGCUUCAAGCUUGGAUGUUUUCGUCUUGAACUCGAUCAAAAGGAAGAAGCACUUUCACAUUUUCGCUCGCUUUUUGCACAUACGGACAGAUAUGACGUUGUGGAUCUAUUCUUCGACGCUGGCCGUAAUUUGGAAAAGCAUGGUUACUAUAAGGAGGCAUUGGAGUUUCUAGAGGAGCUGACUAGACUCGAAGAAUCAUCAGAAGCGAGUGUUUUGAAAGCGAGAUGUUAUAUGGAGCUAUUCGAGUACGAUCACGCUAAACGAGUGCUUCUAGAAGUGAUAUCAAAGAAUCCGGAUGACUUGGACUUGAAAUUGAUGUUAGCAGAAGCAUUUUUGCACACAGAGGACACAGAGAACGCUCGAAAACUUAUUAUCGAGGUAGAGGAGAAGAAAGCGCUCUUGGGAGUUCAGGACGAGGAGGAGCUCGAAGACGAUGUAUCUGAAGAACCAAGUCUUGCAAUUAUUCGAAACUCGGCUACACUGAAAACGGAGGCAAAGCCAACCGAUGAAGAGAGAAAUAAGGCAGAGGAUCAUGCAACGCGGUUGGUCAAGAAUAAGUUUGGAAGAAUGCAAAGAAUACUCCAGUCCUUGGAUAAAUCAGGAAAAGUAGGAGCAGCGACGUGGCUCAAAUUGGCUGACCAACUCAUAGAGACAUUCACUGGUGUGAGAAGCUUUUUUCCUAAGAAUCGCAAAACUACAUUCAAAGGUAUUCCCAUAUAUCGGAGAAAACAGAGCCUUGCCAUCAGUGACCAAUUAAGUCGUCUUAAAUACUUGGCUGACGAUAUGGCAGUGGGUGACUCGUCGCGUUUAGAGAUGACUUCUAAAACAGAGUUUAGAGGACUCACAUAUGAUGAAUGGCUCUCUGUAUUUAUUCAAUACUCUUUCUUGUUGCGGUAUUUCAAGCAUGAUUUGGACGGAGCGGUGUCUAUUCUUGAGGAGGCACUUACGGGAAGUGUGUUCAGUCAGAAUAAAACCCGGAGCAUGCUCCUUCGAUUGUCCCUACUCAUAUUCGGCAUUUUACAAGAGGACUUCACCGAGGCUGUCUCCAACAACGUUCGAUACUUGUUGACUUCCGCACAGUUUUCACCAACCAUAUAUGAUUUCUUCAUGUGUUGUUUCAGCUCUGGAGUAGGUGCAUGGGCAGCAUUUAGCAACUACAACCACCAGAAGUACUUUUUACGUCAACUUAAAGCAUAUGACUCUUUGUUGACAUCAAGCAAGGUUUCCGGCUCUGCUCAGGUCACCAUCGACACUACGCAAUUUUCUUUCACACGCGAGCAUCCACAAUUACUCUAUAUCUACGCUUGUCUUCUUGGAAGCAACAGGACGUUCUCAUCACCAAUUGUGUAUUUGACUCGUGUCUACCGUCAGUAUAAUCAGGACCCUACCAUUUGUUUUAUGUUGGGAUUAGCACAUGUUCAUCGGUCCAUGCAAAGAAACAGCAACAAUCGACACCUCCAAUUGCUCCAGGGAAUUAGUUACCUUUUGGAAUACAAAGAGUCGAGAGAAAAAGGCGCCACCAUAUACGAAAAGCAGGAAAUCGAGUAUAAUUUCGGUAGACUCUUUCAUAUGCUUGGCCUUCCCACGCUCGCUAUUCACCACUACACAAAAGUAUUGGGUUACCACGACGACUUGCUAGAUGACCCAACAUAUGAUAUGCUGAUGGAGGCAGCCUACAAUUUGUCACUCAUCUAUACGAUAAACGGAAACACCGCAUUGGUACAUUCUAUCUAUGACAAGUACUUGACCAUCUAA